CUCCUCUCACGCCUCACCCAACAUUCUGUUUAUGCCGGCAGUUCAUCCUCGGAGGCAUCCAAGUGGAUCAAGUCGAACCCAGUCUCGUUGUUUGUACCUUCGAAGUCCCUCCCCGUCUCACUGAAAAGUUGCCGAUAUAAUGGGGAAAUCAUUCAGAAUAAUGAGACAGAACUGGGAAGUUGGCUAACGCCUAACGGUGCAAUAGCUAACCUUGUAGAUGAACUUGGAGGUGCUGUAGCUCAUUUGGAAGGUCUCCCCUUGGAUGUUUCUGUUGACAUGUCCAUUUCUUAUCUCUCAAAUGCCCAUGUUAAUGCAAGAAUUUGCUGGAAACUUACUUUUGGUAUAUGUGCCUUUCAAUUUGAGGUCAGGUUUUACUCUCUUUCUACCGUAGUUAUGUUGUGCUAG